CUAUUCACAUCUGUUACGUCGACACCUUCAAACGUUGGUAUAAAUUUGAAGGUUGAACGUAAUCUGUGCAAAAUAUUUUCGGAAGUUUUAUAUUUGCUGUUCUAAUUUUAUUAUUGUAAGCCUUGAUUUUUUUGGUACUCGUGAAGUGGUUUCGAAAUUUCUAAAAAAAUGAAAUUUAUAGCGAUCAUUAUACUUGUUGUUAUUGGUCUCUUGGAUAUCGGUGUUCAAGGCAAUGUAGUAACUCGAAAUAUUUCCGACCAAAGCGCUACGAAGAGAAAUGAAUCGCUAAGUUUGUUUAAUGCUAUUAAAUCAGGCAAAACCGACAAGGUGAUAUCUUUAAUCGAAAGUGGAGUGAAUAUGAAUGCUUUUAACAAAAAAGUUUCUGACUACACACCACUUGCACUCGCUAUUAUCGAAGGUAAAACUAUGAUUGUCAAAACACUCAUCGAACAUGGCGUUAAUGUAACUGCCAAACAUGAAGGUGAUGGAUAUCAACCGAUCCAUUGGGCUGCACUAAUUGGUAGCAAGGAAUACUGCGAACGGUUAAUCGAACGUGGAGCUAAUGUCAAUGAGCGUGACAAUACCAAUGUUACUCCUCUAAUGGCCGCCGCUCUUAAUGGUAACGAGAAGUUGGUUGAAUAUCUAAUUGAGCGUGGGGCAGAUGUAAAUGCCAAAAAUGAGAAAAAUUGGUCCGCUCAUACAUAUGCUUUUUACACAAGCAAAGAAGCAGCGAAACAAGUGUUGGUUAAUCAUGGAGCAGACGUGGACAUAACUAAAAAAGCCAUGGAUGAAUUGAAACAAUUAAUCACUGGUCACAACAUUGAAUAAGCAAGCGACAGAGAUAAUGAAGACGAUAAAAUCGUUUGAAGAAAUAUAAAAAAAUAUAAAGACUUUGGUAAAAAGGAGCGCAAAAAUCAACCGAAGACACUUGCGAUUGUCUUUUUAAUUAGUUAAUUUGAUUGUUUAUUUUGUGUAGUGACUUCUGAAUAAAAGAUCGAACGUGCGAAAUA